AACCCAAAAAAGAAGGCAAUCAAAAUUCCUCCAAUCCCAACUCAAAAUGCUUCACAUCCUGUUCCUUUGCGCUCUCCUCUUCACUUCCAUCCAUGCAACUGACUUUUGUGUGGGAGACCUCAAAGGCCCAACAUCUCCGUCUGGCUACCUAUGCAAAAACGUUGCAAAGGUCACUCACUGCCAGACUGUCCGCCGCUCGCCUGGACUUCGCCCCUGGCGGUGUAAUCCCCAUGCACACGCACCCUAGUGCAACUGAGUUUCUGGUUGUGGCUCACGGGCACAUCACUGCAGGGUUCAUUUCUUCUUCUGAUACGUUGAAAUAUGUUUCCCUUAAUGCGGGAAAGAGGCCUUCACUCGCCUUUGUUAGCUUUAACAGCCCUGAUCCUGGUCUUCGAAUCCUCGAUUUCGUGCUUUUCGCCGAUGAUUUGCCUACUGAAUUGGUGGCAACAACUACAUUCCUGGACGACGCUCAAGUGAAGAAACUCAAGCAUAUUCUUGGUGGUAGCAGCUAGGCUAAGCUUAGGCAUUUAUGUCUGUAGAAAAUAUAGUGCCUUUGCUAUCUCAUCUCAUGUUUUUGAAUAAAAUGUAAUGGAGUUCUUUGAUUAAACUUUAGACUUUUCA